CAUAUUUUUAAAUAUUGUCUCAUAUUCCGUGUUCAGGAUAUUUCUAAUCCUUGAAACAGAAAAAUCAGUGCAUCUACGCAGAGUAAAUCAUCUCAGUCCACAUUAUUUCAGUUCACUUCCAAAUUACAAAAGCACACCAUCACGAGCACUCGUCGAUUUCACACCGGAAGUUGUGGAGUUUGAAUCAACAACACGGUCUUUCGUUAUCAACAUGGCAAUAAUGGGGAAAAGGUGACACAUCGAGGUGAAAGAGGAUGUCUUGGUUCUCUCACACACUGCAGGGUUCUGGCCAGCGGCCUCCGUCUCCACAAAGGGCACCCUCUGCCGUGGAGGACCUAUCCUACGCGUGCCUGGCACAGCCUCGCAACGAACCACAGCCUUCUGCUACUCCCGGCUGGCUCUGCAUGGCCACUCACUCAGCUCCCACCAGCCUGGCCCAGUUCCCCUCUGUGCCGAGGGCAACAGCGCCCCCUAGCCUGGAGGACUUGUCCUGCAGCUCCGUGGGUAUGGGGGUGAAUGUUGGGCCUGCGCCAUUGUCCUACGUGACCCUGCAGGAGCAGAGGUGUGUCCUCAGCUGGUUCCAGGGGUGGGGGGUUCCCCAGAGGGAACGCUUCCUGCAGGACCUGCUGUCGAAGGCGGUGCCAGGGAAAGUCUGCACCCUACUGGAGCAGCUCAACACACUGCAGGUGCAGGACCACCCGCCGAACAUCUUCGAGUGCCAGCUGCGUUUGUGGUCGCAGUGGUUCGAGUCGUGGAGCGAGGACGAGAGGAACGCCUUCCUGCACACCCUGGAGGAGCGGGACCCCGCGUUCACCGCCCACUUCUACAGGGGUGUGGCUGGGACAGCUGGGCGGGAGUGAGGGAGGACCUGAGGGAGGGAG